UGCGAGGCUCACGGUGCUUCUGACUGUUGGUAGUUCGAAAUGGAGGAAAAGCUAAUUGAAGCCGUACGUUUUCGCAAAGUUCUGUACGAUACAAGCCAUGAAGAUUACUUGAAAACGAAGCUGAAAGCUGAGAAGUGGAAGGAAGUGGCCAAGGAAACGGACAUACGAAAUGAUUCACGAGUCCAGCAGACAGCACGGUCACAGCAGCCGCCAGAGGUUGUCAGCAUGACACAGCAGGACGACCCCAUGGAGACGGAGCCUUCGCCUCCUCUCGUCCUACCGAUGGAGCUGGAGCCGCCCACACAGCAGCAGUCGCCACCUUCUGUACCCGGUUCAUGGCAGCAGGAGGUGGACGCGUACCCUUCUGGUCGUUUGCCAGGGGACGUUUUCGCAAGAGCGCAGGCCGGAUGGCGGGGUACGACCGGAAGCUUGUGAUUAGGGCCGCGCCACGACAGGAGCGACGCCUGCAAGAAGUGAAUAUAAGCGCCGCUCCUGCCAGUCUA